CUUUAGCUGGCUACUUUCAUCAUGUCUGGCGGUAGGAAACCUAGGUCGGUGGCUAACCCUUUGGAUUCGGCAAUUACCACACCCAGCGAGCGAAUUUUGAGAGAAUGCCACAAUCUAUAUACCGACAGCGAGAACGGACUGGUGAAGAUUGCCAGCAGCCUUGGUCUCAGGUUGCUUCCACCUCGGAAGAAGAUCAUUGUGAUGAUAAUGGGGAACCACUCCGCUGGGAAAAGCUCCUUCAUUAACUGGUAUGUGGAAGAACACAUCCAGAAAACAGGAGUAGCCAUCGAAACACAAGGAUUUACUUUCAUCACAAGCGGCCGGAAAAGAGAAUCAUUGACUGGAAAUGCUACGCUCCACCUGUACCCACAUUUCCGUCCCCUUCUGGAGUUUAAAGGUGUCACAGACUACCUCUCAGCCGAAAUCUCUACCUCCAAGCAGAAGAAGUUCAGCUUGGUGACGUUUGUGGACACCCCAGGGCUGGUGGAUGGUGACAUGGUCUAUCCCUUCGACGUUAACAGUGCCAUCAUAUGGCUCGGGGAGCAGGCGGACCUGGUCUUUGUGUUCUUCGAUCCGAUGGGCCAGGCGCUGUGCAAACGCACGCUCAACAUCGUGGAGAAACUGAGCGAGAAGUGCGGAGAUAAGCUUCUCUUCUACCUCAGCAAGGCGGACGAGGCUGGGAAGGAGACCGACAGACAGAGGGUAAUGAUGCAGAUUGUACAAGAGCUUUGCCGCAGGCCGGGCCUGAACAAAUGUGGCUUCGAGAUGCCCACCAUAUACAUCCCAAAUCCACAAAAGCCUAGCCGCUGCGUGAACCAGAUCGACGGUGUCUGUCAAACGAUUGAGAAGACCAUCAACCAGGCAGUCCAGAAAACCCUGGACCAGCUGGAGAAGGACUGUGACCUCAUCUGCUCCACAAUUAGCAGCAAGCUGUCCCAAGACAGGGCGGAUGUGAGCUACAACAAGAGUACCCGCCUCCGCUCCUUCCUCUGUGGCGCCUUGGGCAUCCUGCUGCCUGCCCUCGUUAUCCUCAGCUUUGUGGUGAACACUCUCUCCAAGGAAGAGAUGGAGGGGCUGGUCGGGGAGGGGCUGGCCAGGGUGUUCACCUUCUCUGUGGUAGUGUUGGUGACUGUGUGGGACUGGAUACCUGAAGACAGCCAAAUAUUGUUUUUGAUCAUAUUCGGAGCCUUCUGCUACCUCCUUUUGUUCCUGGCCAAAUAUUUUGCAAGAAAAGGGAACCGCACGCUCUCCAAGAAAGAGAAGAGGAGCCUGGCAGAGUGCAGCGAUUACAUCCAGGAUGUGGUCAAGCCCAAGAAGUGGAAACUGUAUGAGGAGUACCUCCAACAGUGUGCUGCAGAGUAUGACUUCUAACUGGAAGCCAAUGCCACGCAAAGAAGUCUCUCAGAUGUUGUCUGAGCAAUACUUAAAAUUUCCGUUUACAAAUUGUUAGUCAUUAGAUGUGAGUGCAUGGCUUUAGCCAUAGCAGUAGCUCAAAGGUACAUGGCAAUAUUUCAGCGGGCAUUCUUCAAAACUGUACAGAGAUUAAAUUCUGUAUUUGGAGUCACAAUGUAAAUUGUUGUAAGGACAACAGUUACACAAUAUUGUGUACUCAUGUUAGCAAGUCCCUGUUCUCUAAUUAGUAUUACAUUUCAACGAACUUCUGUACAAUUUAUGUAAGGAAGCUAUUAAGUGCCUUCUAUAUGUCAGUAAAAUGUGAAAAGAUGAAAAUAUUUGAGCGCACAUAUUUGGUGUCACUUAAGAUGAGCAUUACAGACCAGCCAUUUGCAUGAUUUGUUGUAUGAUUUAUAUUGUAUAUGUGUAGCUUUUAAUUUAAAAGCACAAUAGGGACCUGCAAACGUGUCAGGAAGCUACAUGUUUAGAUGACUACCUUAACACCUGCAGCUGCCUAUUUUGCCUGUAAGGUAUUUUCUCUCUCGUCUGUUUGAAACCAGUUGAUUGUCUUGUGUUUGUGAAGUGUAAAAAUUGAUUUUCUAUGUAACUGACAUGGGUAGUGUUGAUACUGGAAAUGUACCUCUCACAAUCUUUUGCAGUCCAAUUCUGUGAUUCUGUUGAACAGUAAUGGAAUAGUUGGUGCCAGUGAUUUAUGUUCAGAGUAUUGUAGAUGUGUAAUACUUAGCGGAACACAGAUGAGGUAAUUUGCUCCAAAGCAUCAACUCAAUACUGUAACAGAAUCAAAGAUAGCAAGGGCACAUAUGUUUUUCCUGUCCUUUUUGUCCUCCAAAAGAUGUGAAUAACCAGAACUAUAUUUCACAGGAACCGUAUCCAAUUGGUAGAAUUUUAUGCUGUGAAAACAAAAAUGAGAUUUAUAUUUAUUAUGAACUGUGACAUCACACAAACUGUUGAUCUUGUCUAAUGGUUUGGUUUGUUGAAAACCUUGUGCUGACACUCUUUUAAACACCAUAAACCCAGUUGCAAAAACCAGAUGCUGCCUUCACUAAAUGUAUAGUAUUUUGGGACACUCCCACGUGCUAGAUCUGCCAAAGCUUGAGGAACCUCAUGAAGUCUCUGUUUGCAGGUGUUUUCUUUACCUUUUCAUAGAGAACUCCUGCCGUGGUAGGUUUAGCACUUUUAUUUCUGCAUGGAGUGGCGUGCCCAAAGCAAUCUGUGUUUUGCCAUCUCAGAUUGCUAAAUUGUCAUGUCAUGGUUCCGAUGCUUGUUCAUGCUCUGAGUCUGGAAAAUGGUUAAGGUUUAGAAUUUUUUUUUAAUCUUA